AUGGGUUCUUCAGGGCAGAGCAGUAACUACGAUCUGUCAUUCAAGAUCUUGUUGAUCGGAGACUCUGCCGUCGGCAAAAGCAGUCUUCUUGUUAGUUUCAUCUCCAACUCUGUUGACGAUCUUGCCCCCACCAUUGGUGUGGAUUUUAAAAUCAAGCUGCUCACUGUAGCUGAGAAGAGAAUUAAGAUGACAAUUUGGGACACAGCUGGACAAGAGAGGUUCAGAACAUUAACAAGCUCUUACUACAGAAAUGCACAAGGAAUCAUUCUUGUGUAUGAUGUGACUCGGAGAGACACCUUUACCAACUUAUCAGAUGUAUGGGCUAAAGAAGUGGAGCUCUACUCAACUAAUAAGGACUGUGCCAAGAUGCUUGUUGGAAAUAAAGUCGACAGAGAAUCUGAAAGGGCUGUAAGUAGAGAAGAGGGGCUUGCUCUUGCAAAAGAUCUUGGAUGUUUGUUUCUUGAAUGUAGCGCUAAAACUAGAGAAAAUGUGGAGCAAUGCUUCGAAGAGCUAGCAUUAAAGAUAAUGGAAGUUCCUAGUCUCCUGGAAGAAGGUUCAACUGCAGCAAAGAGAAAUAUUUUGAAGCAGAAACAGGAAAAUCAAGCACCUCCUAGCGGCGGUUGUUGCUCCCAUGUUAUGAAACCAGAAUUGCUUGUAUUUUUCACAUAA